AGUACUUCCUGGGGGAUCGGAAGCGCUUCCGGGGAACGAGGUUGUGCUUGAGUGGUAGAAACAAGCCAGUCCAAUUUUGUUGGAAGAGAACUUAAGGACUUCACUAUGGCUGCUGAGUUGGAUUUUUCACCCCCUGAAAUCCCAGAGCCCACCUUUAUGGAGAACAUCUUACACUAUGGCCUUUUCUUUGGUGCCAUUUUCCAGCUCAUUUGUGUUCUGGCGAUAAUCCUCCCUGUUCCAAAGACAUAUAAAAUGGAUACUGAAAGCUUUGAAACGAAAAGUGCUGAAGUAGUCAAGAAACCCAAACUUACUGCUAUCUCGGUGAACAAGAAGCUCAAAAAAGAAACAAAGAAGAAACGAUAAAAUGAUAUCAUGAUGAAAUUUUCACAGCAGCCAUAUGGCAACAAGUCAAAUUGCAGUGAAAAUGACACUGCAAAUAUAUUUGAUGAAGCUGUCCUUAUUCUGAUCUUGAGGAAGUAGAUAACACUUUCUAAAAUGGCUCCAGAUUUAUUGUUUUACCUGAUCUGUAAUAAAUAACCUGUAAGGUUAGUGCGAAAUAUCUUACAGUUCGGUUCAGUAACAGGAAAACAAUCUUUUUUGGGGGGCAAUGUUUGAGGGACAACUGGAUCAUAGACAUGUCCCACCACAUCACUCUUUUCCAUUUUUUAAACACAGGGAUUGAAUACUCCACUACUUUUGUAUGUUGUUAAUAUAAUUGGUUAUAUUAUUAUCCUUUCAUUUUCUUUUAUUAAAAAAACAGUCCUAAUAACUGUCUGAAUUUAGCUUUCUUUGAAUUUGAGAAUUCUUUAGCGUUUUACUGUUUCUCUAUUCUUAGGUAUAAUAAACCAAGUUGUUCAAAUUCU